CGCAGAGCAGUGGAGCCUAGAAGCUUACGGCAAGUAGAGCGUUAAGGAGGUGCACCCGGAAGUGACGUAGACUCGGUAAAUAGAGACCGGUGUGCCGGGGAACACGUGGGUUUAGGGGAACAUUAUUUGCCGCUGCAUCGCUCGUCAUGGUAUUUUUCACUUGCAAUGCGUGUGGGGAAUCUUUGAAGAAAGCGCAAGUGGAGAAACACGUUACAAUCUGCCGAAACUGCGAAUGUCUUUCCUGCAUAGACUGUGGUAAAGAUUUUUGGGGGGAGGACUACAGAACUCAUCUGAAAUGUAUUAGCGAAGACCAGAAAUAUGGUGGCAAAGGCUUUGAAGUCAAGUCAAACAAAGGUGACGUGAAGCAACAAAUGUGGAUACAAAAAAUCCAAGAAGUAAUGAAGAAGCCAAGCAUCACUCCAAAUAUACGGAACAUUUUAAACCAAAUUAGUGGGUAUGAUAAUAUUCCAAGGAAAAAAGCCAAGUUCCAGAACUGGAUGAAGAACAGUUUAAAAAUUUAUAACCAAGCCGUUCAGGACCAGGUUUGGGAGAUUUUCUCUGAAGCUACAAGCACUGGCACAGGUAGUCAAGAGAAGCCAAAACAGGUGGAUAAUUCCCCAUCCGAAACCCAGUCUGGACCUUCAGAGCAGGUAGAGGAAAACGAGAAAAAGAAAAACAAAAGGGAACGCAAGGAAGAGCGACAGAAGAAGAAUAAAAAAGAAAAAAAAGAGUCAGUAGUAGACAACCAGAUAGAAGAUGGUAAAAAGAAAAAAGGUAAAAAGCGCAAGAUGGAAGAUCAGGAGACCAAUGAAGACGAGGAAUCAGAAGCCAUAGAUGAGGAGCCAGAAGGAAAGAAGAAAAAAAAGAAAAAAGUGUCAGAAACUGCAGAGGUGUGUGCGCCACAGAACGGUCACCAUGAGGAAGAUGCUCCCAACUCUAAGAAAAAGAGAAAACAAGAAGGCGAGCCAUGCGAAAAGCAGCUGGAAGAGAAUUCUAUGGAUGAAAACCAUGAGAAUAACGAGGCAAAUCAAGGUAAAUUCAACUGGAAGGGAACUAUAAAAGCGCUGCUGAAAGAUGCUCCGGAUAACGAACUGCCGGUUAAAAGACUAAGGAAAAAGGUUCUUGCCCAAUACUAUGCAGUAUCUUCGGAACAGCACAGAUCUGAAGAGGAUCUCCUUGUAAUAUUCAACAAAAAAAUACACAGUAACCCGAAAUUUAAAGUUUUAAAAGAAAAAGUAAAACUCUUAAAAUAGUGUGCA